AUGGCGUACCGACGGGUUACUGGCCGGCAGACCCGGCUCGGGUUCCAACCGCAGUGCACCCACCUCACAAUGACCCGCCUCUAUGGGGUCGAUUUCAUCUGCGAGUCGUGCCAUCGACCGGGCUCGUUUGGGUGGGUGUAUCGGUGCACCCAGGACCGGGAUGAGUUGAUCGAGCAGGCAGCGUCGAGAGGCUACACCACUGCAUUUGAUGAACUAGGGCAGAUUUUGACCGAGGAAUUGGGGAUACGAAAGGGUAGCCCUGCGGCGCGAGAGGACAAGCUGAGCUUCCUCGACGAGAUCAACCCCGAGCAGCUAGCCGCGUACCGACCAGAGCAAGUGGCUACUAUAUUACGACAAAGGGAAAAUUUACACGGGGAAAUCCAGAGAGAGCGGCUCCGGAAGAAUAGCGCCGUCCUCCUCGGACCCUUUCGUCAAACAAACGGUAUCGACGAUCGCGCCCAGGACUUCAACUACAGCAGUAGAUGGAUCUGUGCCGACGAUGAGGAGUGCCAGUUCAAAGUGUGCCCCUUUUGUCGGCCUGGAUAUGCGGACCGGUCCUUUUUAAGCCUGACCGCGGCGGUACACGGGGAAUUAUCACCAACCGCAGCCACGGGGUUCGGCUUUCACGUAUUGGGCGAGCGACCCGUCGUGGAUGCAACGAUUCUCAAGACAAUCGGUUUACGUCCUCCCCCUCCAUCUCGAUCCGAGAACAGCUUCAGCGAGAUCUCCUUUGCGUCGGAGCUCAGCAUGAUAGAAAUGCUAGAAGACCAGAUAGCGCGAAGUUGCGGGCUCUGGCAGAAUCACCGCGGAGAAUCUGAGCUUGACCAGGAGGCGAUUCUAUCCCUGAGGCCCUCAAUUCCUGGUCAGCUGACGCACUCGCCCGGAUGCGACAACUUAGGAGCGUUUGAGCAGCCUGAA